UGUACAAUGUGAUUCUCUCGUCGGAACUACUACUUGUUCUAUAUCAUUUGGUGGUCAUAUACGUAAAGAUGCAUAGCACGCAUACUUUCUUUGAUUCACCUGAUUCAUUGUCCUGCCUAGUAGAACGGAUAAUAUAAGAUCGGUGUUGGCUAGUUUAAGUAAAAAAAUGUUUUUUGUAGAAAUCUUCCCUUGCUAUAUAGCAACACCAUGAUACUGAGAUGGCAUAAGUUUGACAUUAUACAUCGUGCGUGACGUUAGUGUGAAAGUUAAGGAAAUGUUGAAGUAGGUGGUGCGUAUAAGGAAAACGUAGUAUUUGAUGUGUAUGUAAUUUUGACACUGGCAGAAGCACAUAAUUUUAUCUUUGGAAUGAUUACGCACAGAGAGAUUCUUUGUAUGUUUUCAGUUCUUGCCAAUCUUCAUGUCAUGGGACAGGAGUAGUGAGUGGCUCUAUGUAUUUUGCAUUUGGCCUCUUCACAGACUGGAACAGUAUCUUGACUCAUGUUGGUGGCUAAUGAAUACGGUAUGGCAGAAGGUGCUUCGUCAACUUCUGUAACAAGCCUUGAUCCAAAUACUACAAAGCCAUUUGUACCCAUAGAAGAGGAGCACUUUUGCAAAUUAAUUUUAUACAUUGAAAUUAGUAAUUCCAGAGUCCGAAUUUGGGAUGUAAUCAUUCUGGUUCCAAACUUUUUGUUUCUCUUGUUUCUUGCAUUGAGGUUCAACAGAGCACGUUUAAAGCUACGUGCUACUAGUAGCCCCAUCUUCCUCACAUUCUAUGGACUGGUGGUUGUGAACGUUGUGAUCAGUGUGAUUCGUUGCAUUGUUUCUAUGACAGUAAAUGCUUCUGCUGUAGUUGGAGGUUAUGUUGAUAAAGGGCUCUGGAUUUCUGUACGAUUUUUUCUGCUUGCCAUGGAACUGAGUGUAGUCAUUUUUGGAUUGGCAUUUGGCCACCUGGACAGCCGAAGCAGUAUUCGUUAUGUGCUGCUUGCAACAUCUUUAAUUUCGCUGGCCUUUACUAUUACUCAGGGUGUUCUGGAAAUAGUUUCACCUGAUGAAAUUUUCCAUGUUUAUUCCAAAGACUAUGAUCUUUUUGGCCAUGGAGGAAUGUUGUUCUGGUUUGUCAGUUCUGUUGUGUUCACAGCGGUAUACCUCACCAUAUUAAUUUUACCGUGGACAAGAUUAAGAGAACGAUUAGCUUUACCUACAAAGCGUUCAUUCUACAUGUAUAUUUUUUUCCUGGUCAUGCUGUACCUUACUCAGUCUAUAGGCAGUGGCCUUCUAAACUACAGUAUUGGAGAGGGGCUUUGCAUUGUGGAUGUAACGACAUGCAUCUACUUCACACUGCUCACACCACUGGUCUAUCACACAUUUCUCAGUGAGUUCUUUGGUAUAUCUCAACCAAGCAUAAUGUUUUCCUACAAAGCACAAGUGGACGACAAUAUGGAAGAUGACACAGUGUCGCUCCCACAUCAGCAAUCAUUCUCAUCUCUCAAGACUGAUUCAGAUUACAUUUAUCAAAAUAACAGUGUAUAUGACAGUACUCAAUUUGACAAUGGUGCGACUCCAGUGAAUCCUCUGUAUGCUGCAUCAUUACAAAGUCCUGACAGCAUCACAGGCUACAGCAUCGACAGUGCCCAGUCACUUGAAGUUGGUGCAGCUGGUCAAGGCUACCAACAGAAUUAUACAGUCCAACAACAGUGAAACAAUUUUAUGGCCUUUAAAAUGUAAAAAUUUGUUACAUGUACAGUGAUUGGAAAGGCAUUCAGCCAGAUAUACACCAUUCACAAGGUACAGUUUCAGUUGAUGGCAGCAAUAAAAGAUUGAUUAAAAGAUAUUACAGUAAAAAUACAAAAAAAAACAUGGCAGGGGAAUAUUCAUGUUGCAGAUUCUGUGAAUGAAAAGUUCAGAUAAAAACUUUUUUUAUGUUCACUAAAUUUAUUGAAACAGUCAAGGAUACCAUUUUCAGUACUGAACUGACAAUGAAUAUUUCAUUAUGUGAGUGUGUGUGUGGGAGUGAGUAUAUAUGUCAGUGAACAAACAUUUAUUGAUUGUAAUUGCCUAAUCUGCCAAACAGCAUUCACAGUCUGGUCCUAAAGACCAUGUGACCCAACUAUUAAUGGCAGGUGUGAUAUGAUUAUGACAGUACAAUGAAUUAGUGAGAUUAUAUAAACCUGAAGAUGACAUCGAUAGGAGUGAAUUUGCUGUACUAUGCUGAACUGCUCUCUUAGUAUCCUGACAUUCAGCAUAAGUUAUUGUCUAACAAGUGCUUAUGUUCUUUUCAUGUCAUCAUUUAUAUACUGAAGCAGAACUUACAGAAAUUGGGUAGUUUAAUUUAAAAUGUUUUUGUUACACUGUGAGAAGAUAGACUACAAAAAUGCUUCAUAUAUCUGUUUUGUACUAACUGCUGUUUUCCAACAGCACAUGUUGUCAUAGUUGUCUCACUUUCAUGUGGAUAUGAUAAAUUGAAUUGGGUGAGCAAUAUUUACAUUUGCUCUUGAAAUGAAAAUGCAGGGCUUAAUAAAUCCUGGCUGUCCAAUCAUCAUGGCACCUACAGUUUCCUCUGUGGUGAUUUGUAUUAUUUUCUGGAGAGUUGUUAGAAAGUUUUCUAUAUUCAUGCUUAAAUUAUAUCAUCAGUAAUUAGGAAAGUAUGAAAUAUUAUAGUUGAUUUAGCUAAUUAUUUGAAUUCGAUGAGUUAUUAUAAACAUCUUGUUUUAGUAACAUGCUGAAUGAAAUUUUGUAUGUCUUAGGUUUUUAUCAAGAAGUCAGAGCUUGUUGAAUUUUACCAUAUAUCACAUUGAUAAAUUUUGGUUGCUUGGUAAGAAGGAAUUAAGUUAAACAUAAUUUGUAUCGACUUGAGCCCAUCUUGCUAAAGACAUAAUAAUGAACUUUCAGAGGGAACUAUUCAAAUAUGUCUGUUGUCAUAGAGUGAGUAUUCUGUCAGAACAGUGUUUAUUUUAUAACCCCAGACUGAAAGUAAUGUAUUCACAUAUCCAGCUUUUUUCUGAUUUUUAGAAGUUGCUCCUAGAUCUGUAGAAAUUUAUGGAGACAUGUAUGUACUGGUCUUCAAUUUAAGGCACCACUGUAAGCCCUUUGAACGUUUUCCUGAUAAACCCAGCUCAGUAGCUGAGAAACUGCAAGCUGUUCUUCCCGCUAGUAAUAGCAAACUGCGAUUAUUUCUUGUCACUAAUACAUGUUAUUACAUUUAUCUUACCUUAAAUCACAAAAUAUCUUCAGAGUGACUUCCCUGUGCUUGCAGGCAGGCUGCACAUCUCGUCACAAUUUCAGAAGUCUCAUUGUUGUGUGAGCAGACCCCAAUGACACACUAGAUUUUGCAACUAAACAUGUCAAGGAUUUCCUUUGACUUGUUUCUAAGAAAGCCCAAAUUCCAUCUAAUUUCUCUUCUGUCAAUACACUCCAUUUUUGUUCUUUCUUUUAUCCAAAACUGAACCCAUAUUACAGCAUUUUUUCACUAAUAUCUCUGUUAUCGACUUGCUGGGAACACUUAUAUUAGGAAAAUGUUGGCAAAAUAUGCAGCAGAAUCUUCCAUAGGAUGAAUAUUUAACAUUUGUUUCGACUAAGAACACACGUUGCUUAGUACUAUACACCAUCUUAUCAAUAUAAAUCCUGUACAAGAGAAAUGCUGCAGUUGAUUUGGCCAGUUAUCUUGUGUGACUCACUGGAUGAAUGCACAGUUUGGGUUUGCAUUGACAUAGUGCUGGCCAAGCACACCCAUAGCAUCAUAAAUUGAAGGCUCUGUGUGUGUGUGUGUGUGUGUGGGUGUACACACACGCACACACGUUUUUUCUAGCCUUUGCAUCCAGACCAGCUCUGGGUCCAACUACUCACUCCCCUCUAAUGCUGAAGUUGAGAAUGAAUAGGAACUAUACCCCCUCUACUCUGUGUGCCUAAAUGGUGUUGACAGGAUGGCUUUACCCUUCUUUUAAAUACAUAUAUGCAUGCAUACAUGUGUGUGCACGUGAAUGUACAACAUACAUACAUACAUGGACAUGAACACAUUUAUAUCACAGUUAAUGUUGGGGGAUAUGUUCCAUAAAACAACAUAAUAGUGAAACAGUUUUUUCCCAUAAUAAUUAAUGUAAUGGGUGGGCAUACAUUCUUAUUACAGAUGUUUCCAGGUUUUAAUAAUCACAGUAAAUAGGGAUGUGUUUUUAUUGCUAAGGAAUAAAAUAAGAAAAGAGGUAAAUUUAAAAACAUCUAAAUUUUAUAUACUUUAUUACAAAUUAAAAAAUACACCUGAAACAUGUAAAUCAAAGAAUUAGUUUGUGUACUGUAAACCAUUCCAAUGGGAAAAACUGCGUAAUUUAGCUUAUGUUAUCUGAUGUGGCCCAGAGCAUUCAACAUAACUGCACGGGAUGGUGGUGACUGUUGUUACAUGUUGACCAUUAUGAUGUAUAUUGGUGGCUGGCUGUAGAGGCUUUUGAAAAUGAAAGAGUAGUGGCCUCUGCUUAUUUUCUUUAGGUUUGGUCCUGGAAAAUGCUUUGUAGCUAGCUUCAGCGAUGAGAAUGAGUGCUUUGUGUAGGUUUUUCUGUCAUCUUGUUCUCUCUCUCUAAACCCCCCCCCCAAGUGAGAUGGCUAUUCUUCUUCAUAAACUUCUCAAAGUGAGAUUAUGGUAGUUCAUCUCCAUCUGCAUAAUUGAAUCUUGUCAUAUGCCAAGACACCUGUAUCUUUUUUAAUUGCUGAGAUAAUGUUUAAUACUUGAAAGUUGAAGGCAAUCUGUGGCAACAUGCACUUCUAGAUAGACACUGGGGAGUCAGGUCCAUGAAAAAAUUAGAAAAAGUAUAAUAAAUAUAAUGGAACAUUAGGUUUGAUAAAGAGAAUUAAAAUUUAUAAAUACAUAUUCUGUUUGUUCAACCACAUCAAUUUGUGGCACCAGCAAUGUUUUGCAAAAUAUAGCAUUAUUUGUCAACAGCAUAAAAACUGAAACAUUGUGCAAAAUUAUGUUAAUGGGGUAUAGUUGUCUGUAUGUAUGAAAAUAUAAUACAUGUUAAAUAUUUCUUAUUCUUUUAUACUUUGUAUGAAUACAACACAUCUGUUGCAAACUGAAAAAUUGGUGUAUUGCACACGUCAGCCAGGUACCAAGUAUUGCAAGGAUACAAAACUUGGGAGGAGGGGUGAAUACAUAUGCAUCAUUUAAGUUUUAUCAUCAUGUUAACUUUCUGAAAGAGAACAGAAAGUCUGAAUGAGGGUAAUUAAAUUAAAACUGCAAAAGUUAUAUAAAAUAGUUGUAACCAUUGUCUUACUAUAAAAUUGAACACUAAUUUAUUUUGGCAGAUUGCAAGUCCAGAAUUUCCAACAUUAUUUCAUAAAAAGAAAUUUAUUUUACAUUAUUCAGUACUAGGUCACAAGUUAGAAAAUGCAGUUUUCAUCUGAAUCACCCUUGUUUGUCUAAUCAUGUUAUGCUCUUACAGAGUAGCAGUCCAUUGUAACCAAUUUGCAUUGUUCAAACUGUCCCAAUUAAAAGAACUGUUCAUGGUUAUUUCAUAAGUACAGUGGCAAAAAAAUCACAUAGCACUCAGCAGGAUGUACUUGCACACUAAUUUAACAUUUAUAAUAAGUCUGUAUUAAUGGAAGUUAAUAGCUGAUCUGUUCUUCCUUUUGCCAUAGAAAUAAAUUUGCACAGUCAUGUGUAUAUUCACAGUGUACCUUCAUCCAUUAAAUCACAGUUUUUCUCGGUGCCCUCAACCAAUGGAUAAUGUGGUAAAUUUGAUCUUUUUUCUUACCCUUGAGGCAUUAUUUUAACCAUUUCCAUGCUGUUUUAUUUAGGAAAAAUAUAUCGUACUGGUUACACACACGCAUGUAUUAGUUCUGAAAUAAAACUAAGCUGUGACUAUCCCAUCAUAUACUUAUUUUGCUAUACAAAAAUUGCACUUAUUUUUUACUGGAUUUUUUAUCCAGCAUCAUAGGUUACAAGUUUUAUAAAGGUGAAAAUGAGCAAAAAUAAUAUUAGUUGUUUGUAGGGUAUGAGCAGAUACAUGGAUAUUAAACAUGUACUAUAUAUUUCAGUCUGUAAGUUUUCUUGCCAGUCCAUGUUUAUUAUAGAGUAUUCUGGAUGUAGUAACAUGUUUAAAUGGUAAAAGUUUCAUUUCAGAGGAACUUUCUGCCUCCUACUUUGUCCCCAAAGGAGAUAAGAUAGGUCAGACCAUUUUUUAAGUGCUUGAUUCCAAAGUACGAAGUAGUUGUCUAACUUUGUGUGCAAGAUUGAUAAAUACCAAUUUCUGCUUUGGACCAUGUUCUCACAGGACCAGAUGCAUUGUUCAUCAUCCUUUCACUAGAAUGGGUGGUUUAUCUUAUGACAAAGCCUUGUCCAUUCUUCUGUCCUUCCAUUAGACUCUUUCUGUAUGUGUCCACACUCUCCAUACUUCUGUUGUAUGUCUUCCCGCACUUGGGCUCUCCACCCAGUCCUUGGUUUUCCCAAUGUUUUAAUUUUUUAUAUCAACAAAAUUCUCCUGGCAUCCAUCAUAACACAUGUUAAUUACUUGUAACAACUUAUAUUGUUCAAAAUUAAGUAUCAUUAUUACAGAUGUUUUAGACUUGCCAGGAACUAUAAUUUAUGCAUAUGUUGCUGGUGCGAAUGCCUUCCUAGGAACAAAAAAGUCUCACUCUUUCGUGCAGUCCUUCUCAGUCUUGGGAUAGAGUAGUGAGGAAUCUCAUAUAUAUAUAUGCUGUGUGACCACAUUAUUGUCGUAUUUCAUUGGUGCACAUGAAAUUAAGCUUUUGGUUAUUUCUAAAUAAAUUUGUGCUUCUUCGGAAGUAUUCUCAAGCACGGACAAAUAUGAUCCUAUGACCUCCUGUCCAUGCAUUGUGGGGAAGAUGCAAAAGUUUGUUCUGCACAGCUCCCACAACUUCCAGACACUUAGGAAGGAAUGUGUAAAUGGGGACUAAAGUUUGUGCAAGUUUGUUUCAAUUACAUAUACCUUGUUACUGGGAAGUUAAAGGAUUGUAUCUUGUGUCCUUGAACACUUAAUUUAAAGCUCAAGUUCUGAUGAAAUGUGUUUUAUGCUGUUUUCUUGUUCAUGUUCCAGCAAUAUACUUUAAAAUGUAGGACUCAUUAAAUUAACUCAGAAUUACUACAAAACACUGAAAAAGCAAAUAACUUUGCAAACAUAUUUGUGAUAUAUAUAUACUUUAUGUAAUUAUACUGCCAAAUAAUCAUUUAUUAUGCUGUGAAACUAACCUGAUUUGAAUCUUUACUGUCUUUGCACAUAAGUGUACAUAGUAUGAGUAUAUACUAGAACACAUAUGGGAUCAGAAGAAGGAUAAACAAGGUCUUAUGAACAUAAUGAAAUAUAAAAUUAAAAGGAAGUUAGUAUAAUUUGGUAUGUAAAAACAUUCUUACACUGAAUCAGUAAAAUUUUCUGUUACUAUAACAGUAUUAUUGGGCUGAUGGGAAGUAUUCUGAUUAUGUUUCAUUGCAUUUGUGCAUACUAGGUUGCAUGAUCAUAUUAAUUCAUUUUGUAGUUUCCAAGUGAUAUGUUUAGAUUACUAUAGCAGCAUGUAUAUGUAUAAGGGUAACAUUGAAAUUCUCAAGAGAAAGCUGUUCUAUAACAAAUUGUCCUGCCAACUGUUAAAACAAAAAUACAAAUGGUAUUUUUUGAUGUUUUGACAGUGUAUUUUUAACUCGUGUUUAUAGAAAAUCUAUUUCACUUUAGUAUCUGUUCAAUUGUAAUCAUCUUGCUGUAACAUAGGACCAUAAAUGUUGAUGUCCCUCAAUGACAGCAGUGUGCAAUUGAAAGUAUUUUGAUGCAUCUGAAUUUAAUUUUCAUGUAUUAUUUUUAAUUUAGAGUUUGUAUAGGUAACCUUCUGUUAGAUCCUUUGCCAGGGCACAGUGGCCUCAAACAAGGGGAUGCUUCAUCCCCAGUUCUUUUUAACUUUGCUCUAGGACGUGUCAGAGGGUAUCCAAAGGGGUUGAAUUGAAUGGUGUGCACCAGGUACAUGCCAUGUAUGUGCUGAUGAUGUCAAUUUGCUAGGGGAUGGUGUGGGUAUCAUAACCAAGAAUGCAGAAACUCUCCUACAGGCUAGCAAGGAAAUAGGCCUAGAAGUAAAUGUAGAUAAAACUAAAUACAUGGGCGUAAUAUGGGAUCAACAUCACCACCAACAGCAGAACGUUAUUAUAAGUAACACAUCAUUUGAAAAUGUUUAAAAAUUUAAGUAUCUGGGAACAACAAUAACAAAUACAAAUGAGGUCCAUGAUGAAAUAAAAGUAGAAUACAGUCGGGAAAUGCUUGUUUUUAUUCAAUUAAAAAACUUAUCAUCCUGUUUACUAUCAAAAACACUGAAGAUCAGGAUAUAUAAAACAAUAAUUUUGCCUGUUGUCUUGUAUAGUUGAGAAACAUAGUCUCUUACUUUGAAGGAAGAACGUAGAUUACAAGCGUUUCAAAACAGUGCUCAGGAGGAUAUUUGUACCUAGGAGGGAUGAAAUAAGCGGAGAAUUUAGAAUAUUGCAUAAUGAGGAGCUGCGUGAAUUGUACAGGUCACCUACCAUAGUGAGGAUAGUGAAAUCUAGGAGGCUAUGAUGGGUUGGGCAUGGAGGGGGAUGGAGGCAAGGGGUGCAUACAGGAUUUUGGUGGGGAAUCCUUCUGGAAAAUGACCACUGGGCAGACCAAGAAGGAGAUGGGAGUAUAACAUCUAGAUGGAUCUUAGGGAGGUGGGCUGUGAGGAUGACAAAUGGAUGGAGUUGACUCAGGAUUGUGGCUGGUGGCAGGAUUUGGUGUUGUCACUGUUGAACCUGCAGGUUCUGUUACCAGGGAAUUAGUUAUUUUCAAUUUACCAAAGAUAAUUUAGACAGAGGUACAGUUGUUUUUGUUUUUUUAUACAGUGGCUUAUGUAAAUAUGGCUAAUAUUUGGAUGUUAGAUUUAAGAAUGGAGGUUUUAAAAUAUAUAGUCACAAUAUAUUUUAGUACAGGUGAUAGUGGGUGCAAUUAAUUAUUAUAGGUUAAAAUGUUUUGCAUUUUAAUGAAACCAAGGUGCAGUGAACCACGUAAUGAAGUAUUCUACAUACAUCUGGUUCAUGCUUUUCUUUCUGCAUUAACAUAAAACAUUGAGAUCUCACAAAACUAUGGCUAUGCCUUGGUUUUAAUAUUUUCAUACCAUUAUAAAAUGCAUUUAAAUCCAGAACAUCUUUUUUAUUACUCGUAGCCCUUCCAUGGCUCUCAACUCAUGCCCUUAUUUAUCUUAAUUAUUGCAAUGGCAUGGUUGAUAAUGGAGUAUUGUGUAUAGUGGUACUUAUUCCGCAUUAGCAAAAUACUGUUAAAAGUGAUACAUUGUUUGAAGUAAUUUAUUGAAUCAUUGUCAUUAAAUACUAAAGAAUGUUA